AUGUUCUCUUUCAAGGCCGUCUCUGCUGCUCUCCUCUUGGCUGCUAGCGUCUCUGCUGCACCCACUCCUACCACCUACGACUACCCAGACGGCACCGUCGAGCUCACCGGCGUUACCCACUCGGUCGUCGCCGGUCUGGGUGGUCUCCGCUUCGAUCCCGACAAUGUUGUGGCCGAGGUGGGCGAUAUUGUCGAGUGGCACUUCCUCAAGGUGAACCACUCUAUCGCCGAAUCCAGCUUCGCCGAGCCCUGCAAGCCCCUCGCCGAUGGCACCGGCUUCUUCUCCGGUUUCAACUUCUUCACCCAGGAAGGCCAGGCUCCCGAUGUCUUCCAGAUUGUGGUUGUCGACGACGCUCCUAUCUGGUACUACUGCCCUCAGACGAACGGCAACCACUGCCAGAUGGGCAUGGCCGGUGUUAUCAACCAGAACUUCGACAACCAGGACUUCAGCCUGCGUCGCUACAAGGAGGUUGCUGCUACUACUGGUACCUCGAUCGUCCCUCCCUAUGAGCAGGGCGGCGAUGUCAUCCCCAACCCUAACCCUAACGGUGGCUUCUAA